AUGCGAUGUUUCGCCCGUACCGUCCCCCGUCGGUCGGUCCAACGUGCCUACACGGUUCCGAUCGUGCUGGAAAGUGGGGCGUUGGGCGAACGGUCCUUCGACAUUUACUCGCGUCUCCUUCGGGAGCGUAUCAUUUGCGUCCACGGCGAAGUUUCGGAUCACAUGGCGUCGCUCGUGACGGCACAGUUGCUCUUUCUCGAAGCGGAACACCCCGAAAAGCCCGUCUACAUGUACAUUAACAGUCCCGGUGGACUCGUCACGGCCGGCAUGGCCAUGUACGAUACCAUGCAAUACAUUCGCCCGGAUGUACACACCAUUUGCAUGGGACAAGCGGCGUCCAUGGGAAGUCUUUUACUGGCGGGGGGCACACCGGGAUGUCGUUUCGCCUUGCCCAAUUCUCGGAUCAUGUUGCAUCAGCCAUCGGGUGGGGCCCAGGGAAUGGCUGCGGACAUUGACAUCCAAGCCCGCGAAAUUUUGAGGACCCGGGCCAACCUCAACCGACUCUAUGUGCACCACACGGGGCAGGAAUUGUCCGAAAUUGAACGAGUCAUGGAUCGGGAUUACUUUCUGGAUGUCCACCAAGCCAAAAAGUUUGGGGUGAUUGAUCAAGUUCUGGACAAACGCCAUCGGGAUGCGGAAGACGCGGCUCCAGAAAAUGAGAGUGCUGCCUAA